AUGCUCUGCGAUAUCACCGACAACAGCCAAGUCCAGGAAAUGGCGCAAAAGGUGUUAGCACUGGGUGAGGUCCAUACCUUGGUCAACAAUGCCGGUGCAGCUUGGGCUGGGUCCCUACAAGAUAUGUCCCCCGAACUCUGGAAGCGAGAGAUCACCCUUAACCUCGAUGCCGGCUUUUUCUGUUUCCAUGCGUUUGAGGAAUCCUUGAAGCGAACUCGGGGUUCAGUAGUCAACAUUGCCUCAGUCAAUGGUUUGUCUAUUUUCGGGAACCCGGCAUACAGCUCUGCCAAAGCCGGGCUCAUCCAUCUCACGAGGUCCAUCGCAGUGGAAUAUGGGAAGUUUGGUAUUCGUGCCAACGCCGUGGCUCCGGGAACGGUUCGUACGCGUGCGUGGGAGACUCGAGUCGAAGCGAAUCCACAGGUGUUCGAGCAGGCCAUGCGAUGGUAUCCCUUGAAACACGUUAUUGAGCCGGAGGAUGUCGCCAACGCAGUGGGAUUUCUCAGCAGUCAAACAUGCCUUGCACGGAGCUUUUCACAGUCAGAACACUAUUGA